AUGGUUAUAAUGGAUACGCAAGAAAGUAUUGGCAGUUUAGAAGAACAGGCUCUUAAAAGGAAAGAGCGGCUUAAAAACCUCAAACGGAAGAAUCCGAGUGAGGAAAGUGCUUCUUCAAACACACCUAUAGAAGCUGUACCGCUACCAAAGCCCAAGUUUAGAAGUUACAAACCACAAGAUGAGGGUCUGCAAGAAGCCAAAUUGGAAGAUGCGCUACCUGUCUCUGUUGACGAGGAAGUCAAAGACUUGUUAGAAGCUGGCAAGGAAAAGGUGGUUCUACAAGACUUAGACAUAUCAAGUUUAGCACCUAGGAAACCAGACUGGGACCUUAAAAGGGAUGUAGCUAAAAAACUAGAGAAGCUAGAAAGGCGAACACAAAAGGCCAUAGCCGAGUUGAUUUGGGAGAGAUUGAAACAAGGUGCGGAGGAUAAUUUAGGAGCCAUGGUUACUAUGAAUGAAAACAGAUCUACUGAUGAUGAUUGAUUCAUAGCUUAAAAUAUAUUAAAGUGAUGAGCAUCCAAUUUAUAAUUAGUUGUUGAAGUGCACUACAGUGAUAAUUGUUAGUAAAGGCAUUUAUCUUUAAUAUAAUAUGAAUAUUAAUAUCACUUAAGUAUGUGGUGAUUUCUUUACAUACGUGUUACUUUUUGAGUACCUAAUUAAACUUUCUGUAAAAAGUUAAGUAUACAUUUUUCUCCAACAUGGAGUAAAAUGGUGGUUGCCAUGUUUCGUAAAAU